CAACCAGGAUGUUGUGCCAACUUCUCAGGUUAAACCUUAAAGAGGAUCUAGAUUAGCCAUCAAUGAAACCAACCCUAAUAUUCUCUGACUCCUAACACACACAAACCCUACGGCACCUUUUGUUGAUGAAGAUGUGUAUUGCUAAUUUUCUGGUCACAAUUACAAAUCAUGGGCAACCUGAACCAAUCUGUGAAAAUAACUCAAGCUGUGAUUACUUCAGGUGUGUACUGGUGAAGUGCUUUCUGACCUUACCUCUGUUUCCGAGAACAAACUAAUUUGAUGAGGUUGAUGUGUUUAAGUCUGUCAUGUUAGGGUCUCCAUGGUAGAGUUAAGGCUUAGAUUAAGUUAUUAGUUUUUGUUUUAUACGUUUGGGUACAUUUUGAAGUUUCACACACACUUAUGAGUUUAGAAUUAUAUGGACUUUUGGUAAAUUUGCUGUUAAGGUUAUGCUCUUAAAUGUGGAAAACAUCUCGAAUUUGGUCGAAGUCCAGUGUUGCCAGCUGUGGAAUAUUGUACCAGCACCCUAAAUGUAAUAAUAUUUUGAGGAGAAUUAUUGUAUGCAUCAUUCUCCUUCUGACUAGGCUGAGGACAAUCUGCUCUGGUAACGCACUAUAGACUUUGCAUAUUAAAUAUAAAUGUUAUAAUGUGGUUUUACCCACAACACGUGCAGUGCGCUCAUAUUUUAUGUCAUUUGCACCAUGAGAUCUUGUAUAACUGGCUGUAAGGAGCCGGUGGAGGCAGUGUGUGAAAAUGAGCGCAAUAAUUACGUGAGGGAUCCUUAUCCUGGUGUGUUAAUAAAUGAACUUAAUUGUGAAUUUUAACAAUGUAUAAUACAUUAUGGUAAAUAAUUAAUUGUACAGAGGGCGAAAGUAUUGAACCAAAUGAUAACUAAUGUACAGCUGGCAACACUGUUGUACAUUGCAUCGGAAAUGGACAUAGAAAUUAGGCUGUGUUUUACUCCACCCUGCACUUCCUUAAGAGUUUGACUAGAAUGUUAUGAUUUUCAUUGCUUUUUUUUCUUCUUCAUUGCAAAAACUUUGUAAACUAUGUUCUUGUUUUUCAAAAAAUGGCAAAUAAAGCACUACACUAUUAUGGGAAUACCUCAGAUGCAACAUUUGUCUGCUGCCAGACUACUCAUAAAUGAUACAGCUGUUAAUUACAAACUGUAUCUACUCCUGUUCAUUGUCACUGGCGGUCAUUCUCUCAGUUAACAAUUGUAAAAUGCUGACAUGUUCAAAUUGCAGAAUCUCUGAAAUUUGACACCCAUACCAUGGACUUUUCCAGAGAGUAAUUGUUAUUACAAAUUGUAUUCAUAGAGUAACUAUGGAAACCAGACCCUUCUACAAGUACACUUUAAACAUAGGUUUGUAGAUUUAUUGUUUCAAAUAAAUGGUCUAUGGACCUGUAAAUUUUUUUUGAAGAUGCAUGCUGGAAAGUGAAAAUUAUUUUACCUUCCAGAAAACAAUCCCAUUAAAUGUCUGUGGCAGAGUCUGGAAUCCACUGGCUUGAACAUCCACACAUUGACAUUUAGACAUAAAUAUUAGUUUUUGACGCAUGAAUUGGAUUGAUGCAGCUGGUAUGUAUUGUCCCCAGAGGGUGGAUGUAAUAUGUUAGGCUGCAUGGUAUUUGAGAAAAUAUGCAAUAUUGUUGAACUUUGCAAUAUUCCUUUAAGGAGCAUAAGUGACCAAGCACAGUUGUUGAUGGUUGUAUGCAGUCAAUGGCCAAAACCUUGUCAUCUGAACCAGCUGUUUGCCUCACAACACUGGUGCUGUUGGUAAAGAUCCAACCUUAGAAGUUUGGGCAAUCUUGUUCUUUUUACAUUUGUGAACUGGCGACCCAUGUUGUGAAAUUCAGUAUGUUGCCGUUUAAAGAACAACUCUGAUGUGAAUAUUUAAGCUCUAAUACUUCAGUGUUGGGAGCUUUUCCUCAUAGCAUCUCUUGCUGUUUUAAGGUUGUCAUAUAACUCUUUGCCAUCCGUCGUUGUGUCAAAGGAGUUCAGUUUUGGUUCCACACAGUUUCAGGAAGAGUUCCACAUAUUUGUUGUUUGUCCUCCAGCUUAUGAAUCUUCCUUAGAUGGUGGUAAACAGAUUCAUCAGCUUGACCAGAAAUAGUGGUCCUAGAGGUGUGAAUGCAGAGAAUAUUGAUAUAUAUACUAUUUAUGGCAGACCCCACAUUCUUCUGAAAUGUGUCUAUUGUGUUUUUCAAUAUGACAAUUUGAUAAUCACAUAACUGCUGUUGACAUUGGUUUUUUAUUAUUCUGAUUUUUCUAACCUACCAUGACCCCCUCUGACCGGUGUUCACUGUAUUUGCACAGAUUCGGUGCGUUUGAAAUUACAUUAAACAAUACGCUCUGAAAACGGUGUAUCCAGGUUUAUCUUUGUUAGCCAUUAUUUGUUUUGGGGUUUAUUUGUUUGUCUGUUUUUCCAUUCAGUGUCAAUGCAAUGUAUAUUGGACAUGAUGCUCAAUAAAGUGUGUAAACAGAGUGGCUUGUAAUUGUGAUUGUGCUCUACAUUUUUGAUGAGAACACAUUAUGUCUUCAGGUAGAUCCGACCCCUGCUCUGUAAUUGGAGCCCUGGGAGCAGAGUCAGGUGUCACUGCUGGCUUCACUUCACACUAAUGGGCUCUGUUUGCUGCACACACACACACACACUGAGCCCAUCAAGGUGCAAGAGACAUCUAACAUAACCACUGCAGAUACUGUGGUAGUAGGUAACAAUGAGAAAGCGAGUCACAUUUGUUGAGCACCUGAAAAAUGAAAACCUCUUAAAAGAAGGAAGUGGUCACAUUUUAAUGAGAUCUUUGGAGUCUAAUAAAAGGUACACGGAUGGUCAGCAACUGAGGAAGAUAAAUGUACCCACUGAAAGCCAGCACUUAAGGACAAUACACAUUCCCAAAUCCAUGAUGUCUGCCCCCUUUUUACAGCACCCUGCCCUCACAGCUGGGCAGAGGCGAUACCUUUACAGCAUAACUAAUGUCUACAGCACAGAGCACAUGAGAAGACAGAUGAAGCAGCACUAUCUCAAUGUGCUGCACACAUGCCUGCAGUCAGGUCAGAAAUCCACCUGCAGAUGGAGGCAUCAGUAUGGACAAAAAAGCAGGAUCACAGAGGACGUAGAGAAGGAUGUGCAAGCAAGGACAAAGCCACGAGGACAGAGGAAAGGCAGCAGCAGCAGUGUAGCUCAGUCUGAUGUCAUACUUCCAAAAAUAGUUACCAGGAGAGGGAUGUGACAGCAAGUUCCUCCUGAAUGUUCUAAGAGCUUUAUGGCAGGCAUAUCUGCUAAUCCCUUUUUCUUUAUCUUAUCUGCUACUGUUUGUUGUUGCUAAAUCUCCCAGUAUGAUAUAUAUGAUGAUAUGAUAUAAAAUCUCCUUUUUAUUUGAAAUCCUAUGUAGGUAAAAUUGUUCCAAAAUGCUGAUUUCUUUUCAACAGAACUGUCCACUUUUUAAAGUAUGUUUUAAGUAUGUAUUGGAAAAUAUUAAUAUGUAUCCUUAUAUAAAUCUGAUAAGAUUUUUUAUAAAUAUAGUGUUUUGAUCAAGAAAUACAGUGAAGGUUACAUAACAGACAUGUAUGGCACAUGUAUGGCAUCUGUAACGUCUGUAAAACACCAUUUAACACCUUAUUUGUCUGACACAUCUCAUUUGUAACAGAGUAAAACAAAAUUAGCGAUAACCUACUGUGAUACCAACGUUUGUCUUUUAAGCUUUUUAACUUAGCUUAAAAGUUAUUUUUACCCUUGUUUUCUUUCUUUAAUUCUUUCUUACUUUUUUUUUAAAACAAAUCUUUGAACUUGAACCUACAGCAAGUAUGAACUGUGUCCUGGAAGUAAACUGCGUAAAAGCAUUUGGGAAAGCUAUUCAUGCGCUGUCACGGAUUGGAGAAGAUCUGUGGUUGUUGGCCCUGAGAUCAGUCAACUCUGCUCAUUCUGCAUACGCCUGCUUCGUUUUCUCACCAAUGUUCUUUCAACACUACAGCCUUGGCUCUAACCAAGAUCAAGGCAGUGAAAUUAUCCACUGCAAACUCGCCAUGAAGUCUGUGCUCCCGCUUUUCCGGUCUUUGACAUCCAUUGAGCGAAAUGUGGAACGAUGUCAGAUAACAAUCAACACUACCAGUGACCGAGUAAAAAUCAUGUUCAUCUGCAAACAUGGUCUAACCAAGACCCACAACCUUCACUUCCAGGAAAGUGAAUCUCUGCAGGCGGAGUUUGCUGCAGACUUGUGUCCCAACAUACUGAAGGCACCUGCCAGACUUUUUAGUGACAUGGUGAUUCACUUCCCACUGUCCCAAGAGGAAAUCACUCUGUCAACGACUCCACACAGAGUCAGUCUGAGAAACUACUACGAGGAGGGAAAUGAUCACCUGAAGUUCAUGUACACGGAGAUGUCCUUACACCCAGACGAGUUUGAACAUUUUCAGGUCGGAGUGGAGUCGGACAUAACCUUCUGUUUGAAGGAGUUGAGGGGCUUUCUGGCCUUCGCAGAGUCACAUUGCCUUCCAGUGUCAGUCCUCUUUGGUGCUGCAGGAAAACCUGUAUGUUUCUUCAUAGAGGACAUGUUCCUGGAGGCCACCGUGGUGUUGGCCACUCUACCUGCAUCUGACAACAGGAGUCCCUCUCAUUCACCGAGAUGUGGAGAAGCUGUUGCUCCUGCAACCACACCCCAGGAUGUGCCUGCUGAAACAGAGAUGAUCAUGUCCAGUAAGGGCAGCCCCAUCUUCCAGCCUCCUUUUCCGUCUCUGCAUUACCUGGAGAGCCUUGUCCCUGAAGAAGACGUUGCCUCGGGUGCUGCGACUCCUGCUUCCAGUCAAAUCUGCUCCCUUCUCUUCAAAGCCUUGUCCUCAGAGCAGGAUGACAACCUUGGUGCAGCUCAUCUUUCUGUUCUGGCCUGUUACAGUGAUACAGAGGAAGCUGUGGAAGGAGAGACCAGGAGAAGUGCUUCAUUCUGAAAAACUGUGGGAAAUCAUUACUAAACAUUUCUACGUGUGGUUAUGAUGGAAUUAAACAGGAAUGUUCAAUGGUAAAUUAGAUGUUCAGUCAUUUAACUUGAUCUUAUUUAAAUAUUUAAUUCACUUGUUUUUUUUAUUACAAUAGUUUAUAUUGAUUUAAAAUAAGCAUUUAAUUUACAUUACUGCUUAAAACAUGACUGUUUGCAUCUUUUUUUAUAUGCUGGCAUAGUCUGUAGUCAGGAGCCACUGGUCCACUCGUUCCUCAUUUUGUUAUAUUGUGUAAUUUUUGUAAAUACAAACAGAGGAAAUAUAACACAGAAGUUGCCUAAUGACCUAGUGGACAUGAUGGACACAGCAUGAGGUCAACAACUGUGUGUCAGCAUCAUUUAUGGCUAGGUGUGUUAAUAGGAAGAAGUCCAUAUCUCUUGUUACUGUUCUCAAAACAAAUUAUUCAUCUGAUUCUCACUCAAAACUAAUGGUAAAAACCUGUUCUGGUUAAGUUGUUUUUAAAAACAUUUUAUUUAAAUAACAUGUAUUAACACUGUAACACUUGAUAUGUUUGGACCCAUUUGUUAAUAUAAAAUUAUUCAAAACUGUUGCUUGUGAAAACAUGAUCCCUAGAAUGAAGAUGUCACAUCAGUCUGUCCUCAUAAAAUGUAUUGUGGUUAAGGUGGUGGUAGUAAACCAGUCUUACAAAACUAAUUGCAGAUUUGAUGAUGCAAAAAUAGCAAAAAAACAUCUGCUCCUCCUGUGGUAAAGAUGACAGACUAAGGCAUUUUAAACUCAUUAGUGAUCAUUUAGUGCUUAACAAGCCCUGAUAGCAGUUUCUGAUUUAUUUAAAUCCUACAAUUUUAGAACUGAUGAGGAUACUAUGUUGUUUGAGUACAGUACUAUCGCUAACAAAACUAUGCUCUUAUGUAAUUGUAGUAAAAAUAAUUUACAUUUUUGGUUU